CAGAGCGCACCCAGCCGGCGCCGCGCAGCACUGGGACUCGCGCUCUUCCUGCAGCCCGGCCAGCCCUCUCGGCACGGCCUGCCCCUCUGCCCGCCUGCCCGGUGCACCCUCGCUGCGGCCGGUCUGCGCCCCUCGACCCCACCGGCACCAUGCACCUCUCCCAGCUGCUGGCUUGCGCCCUGCUGCUCACGCUACUCUCGCUCCGGCCCUCCGAAGCCAAGCCCGGGGCGCCGCCAAAGGUCCCGCGCACCCCGCCGGGAGAGGAGGUGGCGGAGCCCCAGGCUGCAGGCGGCGGUCAGAAGAAGGGCGACAAGACUCCCGGGGGCAGUGGCGCCAACCUCAAGGGCGACCGGUCGCGACUGCUCCGGGACCUGCGCGUAGACACCAAGUCGCGAGCGGCGUGGGCCCGCCUUCUACACGAGCACCCCAACGCGCGCAAGUACAAAGGAGCCAACAAGAAGGGCUUGUCCAAAGGCUGCUUCGGCCUCAAGCUGGACCGGAUCGGCUCCAUGAGCGGCCUGGGAUGUUAGUGCGGCGACCCCUGGCGGCGGAUUGGGAACUGGCUUUGUUGUGCUGAGGUCAUCCUUGGUCACCAGCCUCCAAGCAUCUGGAAACACCUCCAACGCAAUGUGGCUUUUACAUUUCUUUUUCCCUGGUACUGGGAGUACACAACACCAGCUGUUUUAUUAUUAUUAUUUAGGGAGGGGGGUGUGAUUUUAUUGUCUGGGGUUUUUUUUUGAAAAUGAAAAAUAAAAAGUUAUAUAUUAUAUAUAUAUUAUAUACGUGAAACACACACCUACACCGACUUGAUGACAAGGGACAGUUUUUAAGAGACUGACAAAACCAGCUGUAAAACGUUGCUGUUUGUAAAUUCAUGUCAUGCAUAAAUGUAUUUAUGUUGUAAAGCUAUUUAUAUUGUUUAUAAAGAGAUAUUUAUAAAAAUUUUAUUUAUGUAACUAAAUGAAAGAAGUCAAUCAUUGUAAUGUUUUUGU